UUUUUGUAGCAAUUUUUGAGAGCAUGGGGAGAUGCAUGCCAGUGGAAUGGCAAUUCCGUGAUGCUAAUACCAAAGGGAAUAUACAAGCUCAAUCCUGUUGAUUUUAAUGGACCGUGCAAAGGUUCAACUGCAGUGAGGAUCGAUGGCAAUCUUAAGGCUUCAACUGAUAUUUCCGCGGAAGCUUGGAUUAGUUUUAACUAUGUCGAUUGGUUGCUGGUAGACGGAAGUGGCACUGUGGAUGGCCAGGGUGCUUCUGUUUGGGGUAAAUCUGGCCAGCCUCAUUCUAUUUCGUUGGUAUUCAAUUUUGUCAAAAACUCGAAGAUCAGCAACUUGAAUCUCAUCAACAGCAAAAGUGUUCACUUAAAACUGUUUAAAAGCGAAAAAGUUAUGAUUAGUGGAGUCAAAAUUAGAGCUCCAGAGAACAGUCCAAAUACAGAUGGCAUCUGUAUUGCUGAUUCUCUGGACAUUCAAGUCCAGAACUCCAACAUAGCCUGUGGCGACGACUGCAUUUCCAUGCUUAGCGGAAAUGAAAAUGUUGAAAUUUCCGGGGUCGCCUGUGGUCCUGGCCAUGGCAUUAGUAUUGGGAGUCUUGGACAGAGUCUCGGAGAUAGCAACGGCCUUACUGGAUUGCAUGUAAGAAAUUGUAGCUUCACCGGUACUCAAAAUGGCUUGAGGAUCAAAACAUGGGCACCAUCUUCCUCUGGUUUGGUCAGUAAUCUUAUAUAUGAAGAUAUCCACAUGGAGAGUGCUGAUAAUCCCAUUAUCAUUGAUCAACAUUAUUGCCCGAGUCGCCAAUGUGACAACCAGGCACAAUCGUCGAUUCAGAUAAAGAAUGUGACAUUCCGAAACGUACAGGGGGAUUCGAGUACACCGGUAGCAGUGAACAUCCAAUGUAGCAGCAAAGUGCCAUGCUCAGAGUUCAAGCUGCAGGAUAUAAAUUUAUCAUACAGUGGAAGAGAAGGAGUGGUGAAAUCAGAGUGUUUGAAUGUUGAUGGCCAAGCCUAUGGUCAACAGCACCCUCCUGGCUGCUUCUAA